CUUUAUAACAAAAAAAGCAUGAUUUUAUAUUAAAAUGUAUAAUUUGUGGUGCACUGUAUUGCGUUUAUCAUAAAUAUCGCACACUUCCACUUUGUAACAGCCACCUUUUUGGAAUUUGAGGUCUCGCCCAAAAAUGGCUGUGGAGAAACAGUUACGAAGAUGUGUCGAUCUACUCACCUAAUUAAUGUGGCGCAUGCUCCAAAUUAACCAAGAGUCCUCUGAUCGAGCCGGAGGACGUUUCUGGAAGUCAUCAUCCGUCCCCGUCUCUCAUUCCUUCCCCUUGUCCACCUGAGGAGGUGACUGUAGAGUGACUCACUUGUUCCAAGUGUGGUUUUGUGGUGGAGAGAGUGGAGGGCUGUGGAAGGAAAAGAGCAGGAAGAGGAGGAUUGUGGGCCAUCCUGGGGCAGUGACACUGAAGAUUCUUUGGACAAUGUUUCCCAGAUUCUCCAACUCAUCAGAGAAACAGCUGCUAUAUCAGAGAGACCAUCUCUAUGGCAGGGAAAUGAGAGACAGCUCCUCCAUCACAUGACACACGCUCUGAAGUCUGGAUUUACAACUGGUGCCUUUGUUGAACACAAUGAUCUUCAGGGACAGUGUGGCAGACAUGAAAACCCAAGAGCACCGUUCCAGCCCUCUGAAAACACACACACAGAGUGAUGCACGUACCCACUCCCAAAUGAAGGGUCUCCAGUUUCGCAGCAUUGCCCCCAAAGCCCCAGUAGUGGUUCCAUCAUCUGCAGUUCUAUCCUGCCAGCCUUCCUCAGCCCUUCCAGAAGCAUCCACAGCUGUCAGCCCCAAAUCCAUCCUUGUCCCUGCCCAGAACUAUGCACUCAUGCAGGUGGCUGGACAAGAGGGGACCUUCUCAUUGGUGGCCUUACCUCAGGCACAACAGCAACAGCCAAUCCAGAAGAACCUUAAGCUGCCUAUUCCUAGAUACCAACCGGUGAAAAGCAAGAGCGCUCCAGAAAAAGGCAGUAACAAGAUGCUGAGUCCAGCCAAGGUUUCUGCAACCAUACAAGCUCAAUCAUCUGCUAUGACAUCAGACCCAGUAUCUGAGCAGCUUGUUGUGAUUGAUGCUCCUACUUCGUCUGAAAUCAAUGUUGCACCCUUGCUCCCAGGUUCACAGACAGAUCGAAAAGUGGAGCAAAAAAGCGAUGCCAGUCCACUCAAAAGCCAGCACUAUCCUUCUGGAACCUCCCUUGUUGCCCAUGUCAAGAAAAUCUCACCAGUUAAACCCCAAAUAGAGAGUCAAGCCUCGGCUGGCAGUGCCAUCACAGUCCUCUCACCCACUGUCUUUAGCAAAGCUGUUCAGAUCAUUCCAUCUCCACCCAAGGGCAAGCUGCCCAUCUUGCCCUAUGCCAAGGUGAAGAACUCCCUCCUGGCACCAACCAGCUUUGCCAGCACCCCAUUCCCAGACAAGCAGACUGUGAGUGGAGCCAAAAGCAGCCUGAAAAUCCCUCCAGACAAAAUCAAGUCCACAGACAGCAAAGUUGAAAGUGAAAGCCUAAGCCAAGACCACAGCAACACCCAAAUCAAGAAACCUCCAGGCAAGAGACGGGGGAGGAAGAGGAAAACCAUGGAGGAUAUUCUAGCCUUCGAGGCUCGAAAGAAGAGAUCCUUAUCGUUUUUCAGAAGGAGAGUGCCUGAUAAACCUCCAGUUGGUGUGUCGAAUUCUGCCUCUCAAGAGAAGUUGUUGGACAUAUCCAAAAAGUAUCGGAGUAUUCGUCCCAAGCCGGUACUGGUAAUGGAAACCACUAUUCCACAACUUGUUCCGCUUCCUUCCUUGUCAACAUCAGAGAACCUUGAUCAGGAGCAGCUCUUAUUAGGACAGCAGAUAUCAGGAAAACAGUCUUCGCAAGCUACUGAGCAGCAACCUGCAGUAGAUUGUAAAGGUGGUGGGGGAGUGAUUUACACAGGAAGUCGUCCUCUGCACCGAUGUCCUACCUGCAACAGGUGUUUCCAGUUCAAGCAUCACUUGCAGAGCCACAUGAACAGCCACAGUAACCUGCGGCCUUAUGUCUGCCUGGUAUGCAGGAAGGCCUACGCUCACUCGGGCAGUCUUAGCACUCAUAUGAAACUGCACCAUGCGGAAAGCAGGCCCCGGAAGAGCCUUUGCUGUGAAUUCUGUGAGAAGUCAUUUGGCUAUGUGGGUGUCUACUUCAGCCACUUGAGAGAGGUGCACCGGGUAAUACUCACCGUUGAACCGUCCAUCAGUCAACACAAAGAAAACAUGUCUGUAGAAGAGUCUUCAGAAGCUGAUGAACAGGCCUCAGAACAACAUGUUGACCCAGUCGAGCUACAAAUUAAGUGUGGGCGCUGCCAGGCCAUCACCCCUACCUUUGCUGACAUGAAGCUGCAUUUGUUGUACGUGCACGGAGAGGAGGUCCAGGUGCGACUGAGGGAUGGGGCCAUGCAUGGGGGCCGUGAUGCAGAGGAUGAACUGGUCAAACAUGCAGCACAUUACUGGAGGCAGCUCAAUGAGAAACGCAACCUAGUACACUGCGGCACAUGCGAUGAGGAGGAGUUCUCCUUUUCCAAGCUCAAACGACACCUCCAUUCUCAACAUCAAGAAGCUAGAGAGAGUCAAGAAGAGGAGGAAGAAGAGGAGAUGAUAGGUAAGGAGGGCCGCGUAUUAAGGGGCCUCAGUAAAGGUAUAUCCCUGAGGGUGGGGUCUCACUUUAACUGCAUCCUUUGCAGUAAGGUGUUUAAUAAGAAACAGGACGUUAUUGAGCAUUGGAGGGCACAGCACAACUGUGAAAAUCCCACCCUUUUAUGGGAUGUCCUGGACUUCAAAGGGGAGAGCAAGCUAACUGAUGGGCCAAAUUAACUGCAAACAGGUCAUUUAUUAUUAUUUGCGCCAUGUGUUGACUGUGUGGUUUAUGCAGGAUGCAGUGACGUUAAUGCAAAAAAAAAAUCCACUAAUAGACUUUUUAUGUUGUUUUGUUUUGCACUGUUUUUUAAUAUUACAAAUGUUGUUUUGAAAUGCUUCAAUUUUGUAAUGUUUUAUGUUUUGGUGUUUUAUGCAUAAAAGCAUAAGAAAAUAAUAAAAUUCACAAACUAUAAAUUCAAUCUUAAACAUUACUAUGGCCCAGGUGCAGAUGUAAUUAAACUGCCAGUAAAUGGAUGACCUAAGGAUGAUAAUCUUAAUUCUUGAGGGUCGUGGACACAUAGUUUGUUAGUAACCGCUUCAGUUGAGUGAAUCGGGUGAAACAGACUAACAAAGGCUCAUCAAAAACACAUUGCCACUCUUUGCUAUUGUCUGAAUACAAAUGGGGCAUGAUUAGCAUGCUUGAAAUAAUAUGUCAAAGAACAUUCAAAGUAACACAAAUUAUCAGUGACAUUCCGCAAACACAUAUACAUAAUCACACAGUUUCAGUCCUCAUUCCACAGCUAAAAUAAGUACUGCCAGAAAACCUCUGCUGACUUUUCAGUCUAAGACAUGCAGGCCCACUAAUAAGGAUUUAAAAUAAGAAAAUAAUGAGCUCAAUUUGGCCAAUAUUUAACUGUUAAAUUUAUUAUGAAUGUUUCAAAAGUAUUCUAUGUUGUAUUUUUGGAUGGAAAUGCUAUAUAUUUAAAAUAUUUUUUUUUUCAUGGUGAAAUGUGUGGUGAUUUAUUUAUAUUAUUAGUCUAUUCAAACAUAUCUCUGUUCAUGAAAAAAAUGUCAGGGUAAAGGAAUGUUUAAAAAACCUCCUAAUUGUUAUACAUGUAUACUUGUAUAGAUAGAUUUCAAAUAUAUCUAAAAAAAAAAAAAUUCUAUAAACAGCUGUAUAUUGAGAAUAUAUAUUUACACAGAGACUUCCCCUGCUGUUUUGUUCUAAGAAAUGAACAAUGAAAUAUAUUUACGUGUUACAGUGUCUUAAAUGUCUUAAGCUAACCUGCAGCUGUAGCUACAUUACCAGUCAAAGGUUUGAGCACACUUGACAGAAUUUUUGGCUGAUAAUAAGCUAUGUGUAAAAUGGUAAAUGUCAAAACACAUUUUUUUAGACAGUACAUAAAUGACACUUAUAUGUACAUUAUUUAUUUAUUUAUUUUACAAAAAUAUUAAUUAAAAUGCAAAAAAAAUGGAUGAUGGGACCGAAUAGUAAAGAAAGCAGCCAACAAGUGCCCUGUACACAUGGCAUCUCUUUUAAAAAAUGUCCCAGGUGGAUUCUUCAUUACUCUGUUGAGAGAUUGCCGUGAGUGUGUGCAGAGCCGGAAUCUAGGCUACUUAAAGGCUGAAAUACACUACAUGAUUUUUGUCCAUUUUGCAUUCUGGAAGAGUAUACUUUAGUUUCCGAAAGUUAUAGCCAGUCUGCUGAUUUUGGGUUUUCAAAGCUGACAAUUUUUUAGAAAAACACACAGUGUAUAAUGGGUGCCUUUUUUUUUAUUUCAGACAAUGAUUCCGUCCAGUUUGAGUAUAUCAAAAAUGUGAUAUUUUUAGCCGAUUUUAAAACAGUUUGUUGUGUUCGGAACAACUUGAAAGUCUGGUAGUGUGUUUGUGUUAUUUCUGAUAUUAUUGACAUUAGUAAUGAUAAAGAAUAAGUGUGUUCAAACCUUUGACUGGUGUUCGUUCUGUAACAGUCAUCUACUUGAACGGGUGCUGUGUAAAGUGAACUGAUAAAGUUCACUAAUCUUACAUUCUUGACAAAGCGAACAGCAAAUCCCAAAGCACCAUUCCUUUGGUCUUUCACAGUUGAAUUAAUAUUCUGGAUAACCUAAAGUCAAUAAUGUUGAUCUUAACAGUCAUUAGACAAAUGCUGCUUGUCUUGUUGAAAUUACCCACUAAGUGUCUUCGUUGUACAACAUGUCUUUGAUGGAUUGCUCCUGACUCAAAAAGAGAAUGAAAAGAAAUGUUUUGUUUCAAAUGUUGUCUUAUUAUAUUGUUUAAUGAUUGACAUUUGAAAACAUUUGAAUCGGUUUCACUUGACACAUUCUUUGUGGUUAAUGACAGAAGUGUCUGGUAGCAUUUCCAGUCCUGAAGAGUCCCCCGCCACUGUGAAAGUUAAACUUGUCUGUUUGUGGCUUUAGCUAAACUAAGCCCUGAAUAGCAUUUGUACGAGAGAGAGCAUCAUCCCUGCAUUAUUGAUUAUUGGUGCCUAAAUAAAAAAGAAAUAUCUAACGACAA